AUGAUGGAUUCUCUGCAGAUGUACCCUGCCCCCGAGAGCUGGGAUAACCCCUCGGUGGGCGAUACGAAUCAUGAUCGGCCGCGGAAGAAACGCCGCAAAUACAUCGCCAAAGCAUGCAAUGAAUGCAAACGUCGCAAAAUCAAAUGCAAUGGCCAGUCACCUUGUCAGCGCUGCGGACGCCAGCAUGUUGAGUGCAUUUACGUUGAGAACUCUCGAGACAGUCCUGGAGAACAAGAGAACUUUAAGCGGCUUUUUGACCAAAUGAGAGCCAUGCAGGACCAGAUUACCCAGUUAUCUGCUAGUAUUCGGCCAAUAGCCAGCAGCGAACAUUCACCUGCAGGUGUUUCCGCUACCGGAACAUACGGACAGCUCCCUAUCCAACGUUCACUCAGGCACCUGUCAACAACUAGAGAGACGUCCUUCCAAGGCCCGACGACAUCGGCCUUUAGUUUUGACCUUGCGAAAUCCAGCUUGCAGGAGCGCGGGAUUGUGGAACGUGCCGAGGCUGGUGACGAGGGCGAUAUGACCCAGGAACCUUCCCCACUGGUAUCACCCUUGGCCCCCAAUGGGGAAAUUGAAACGCGCCAGACCCCUGAUCCACUUUGGACUCUGCCCAAAGCUGAGGCACUUCGCCUUUGUCAAGUUUACGAGGAGGAAAUGGGGAUCAUGUAUCCGGUUCUGGAACCGUCGGAGAUUUUGGACCAGGUUCAUCUUCUCUACGGCCCGACGGACCGUGUACUUGGACCGACUCGCCAGCUCGAUGGCUACAAUGGACUGGUACGCGAAGAUGUCCACAUUCUACGUGUAGUGUUUGCGUGUGCAUUGACAGCCGAAGCCAGUGGUCUGAGUGAACAGGCUAUUGCUCUUUUUGACAGUGUACGAGAAGUCCAGGACAAUUGUGUCUGGGGUCCACCUGACUUUAAAAACAUCAUAUUUUUGACUCUCGUGUCUAUGUUCUAUUUUCAAAUAGACGAGGAAAUCUUGGCGUGGCGUACCGUAGGUAUUGUUGAGCGCAUGUGUCUCGAAAAAGGUCUUCAUCGACGGGAAACUCUGAAUCACCCGGCCAUCAUAGCUGUGGGAAGGGAUCGCGUUCUGCGAAUCUUCUGGUCUAUAUAUAUUCUGGAUAUGCGCUGGAGCUUUGGCACUGGCAUGCCAUUUGCUCUGGAAGAUACAGAUAUUGAUCCUUGGCUGCCAGAGCCUGCUGAGAAAAGCCCCUAUCUGUGCGUGAUGAUCCAAUACAGCCGGAUCGCAGCGAAGGUAUGGAAGUUUAUAUCAGCAUUUAAUAACACGAACGAAAUUAAAAAGGAAGAAAUGAAUUAUUUGGAUUGGCAGGUGUUGCGUUGGGUGCAUGCCAUUCCAGACUCGUUGCGGCUCGAUCACCCGAGUUCUGCGGAGUCUGAGACUGCUAUGAAAGGCUCGCGGAGUCUGCGUAGGCUGCGUUCUCUGCUUUAUCUUCGUGCUAAUCAGCUGCGCAUGCUCAUUCAUCGUCCCGUCCUUCAUACUUCAGCCCAUGUUAUGCGGUAUCCAGGCGAGUCAGAGACUGUGGUGGAAAUUGCCAAGGAUACAAUUCGCUUCAUUACUAGCUUGAACGAUACAUCGGACAUCUACCGAUUACAGCAGGUAGCUUUUAAUUGGUUCCUCGUUUCAGCCCUUGCAGCUUUGUUCCUGGCAGUAGCCCAGGCUCCAACACAGUUCAGUGGGUCAUGCAAGGAGGAAUUUUACUGGGCUUUGGAGCUGAUCAAAGAAGUCUCAGCCCAGUCUUAUAUCUCUCGCAGACUAUGGGAGUCUAUUCGAAGUCUCCGUAAUCUUGGUCCUCAAUUGGGCCUGGGAUUCCAGAAAAAGCGCCUGGAUAUCCAAGCUAGAGUUGAAAAUGAACAUCUAAAUGCCCACGGCUCACCCGCAUUGCCUCAAUCUGCCAACAGCCAGACUCAGACACCGCAGGACGGGGAGAAAAUGACACAGGAGUUGAUGGAAUGGUUUGAAGCCGUGGGAAAUCUUGAGCAUCAAAUCAUGGGGAUGGGGACGGGCCCUGUGCCAGAUGGAGGACCUUACCAGCAGAUACCCGACGGGGGGUUUUUAUUUGAUUACGGCGAAGAAUUGUCGAGUGUAAUGAAAGAAUUUUUCUGA